AGAGCCAGCUGUUGCCUGGGAAUAACUUCACAAAUGAAUGCAACAUUCCUGGAAACUUCAUGUGCAGUAACGGGCGCUGUAUCCCAGGGGCCUGGCAGUGUGAUGGGCUGCCGGACUGGUUUGGUGACAGUGGUUUGAAUGCCGUAGUCAUGAUCCUGGUGUACAUGUCUGUGACUUGUGAGGGUGCUGAAGACCUGAAGAAAAUGGAUAGCCCUUUCCUGGGGGCCAGAGGCUCUGGUUUUAACAGUUCUCAGCCUGAAGUCUGUCUGGAAGAGCAAGCCUCUAAGACAAAAGCCAAAUCCAAAUGCGGUGCCACGUUCUUCCCCUGCGCUAGCGGGAUCCACUGUAUCAUUGGCCGCUUCCGGUGCAACGGCUUCGAGGACUGUCCCGAUGGCAGCGAUGAGGAGAACUGCACAGCAAAUCCCUUGCUUUGCUCUACUGCCCGAUUCCACUGUAGAAAUGGUCUUUGCAUUGAUAAAAGCUUUGUGUGCGACAGUCAAAAUAACUGUCAAGACAACAGCGAUGAAGAAAGCUGUGAAAGCCCUCAAGAGGCAGGCAGCGGCCAGGAUUACGUGACCUCAGAAAAUCAGCUGCUGUACUACCCUAGUAUCACCUAUGCUAUCAUCGGUAGCUCUGUCAUUUUCGUACUCGUGGUGGCUUUUCUCGCCUUGGUCCUGCAUCACCAGCGGAAACGUAACAAUCUCAUGACCCUACCAGUGCAUCGGCUGCAGCACCCUGUCCUGCUGUCCCGGCUGGUGGUCCUCGACCACCCCCAUCACUGCAGUGUCACCUACAACGUCAACAAUGGGAUCCAAUACAUGUCCAACCAGCCCUACCACAGGCCAGUGGACCUGGACUCUCCACCAUCCUAUUCAGAGGCUGUGCUCGACCAGAGCAGACCGCCUUGGUUUGACCUUCCUCCACCGCCUUAUUGCUCUGAAUCUGAAUCCCUGAAUCAGCCAGAUCUUCCUCCUUACCCAUCUCCGACAGGAAGCUUGGGGAGCACAGACACAGACAUGGCAGGAAGCCCUCUGGGCACAGCUGGCAGUUGGACAAGAGACAUCCAUGACAGCAUGGAUGGCCACAGAACUCUUCUUGAGAGGACUGCGGCUCAAAGUGACUCUCAGGGCAACCACCUUGCUGAAAGAGAAGUGUGA